UCAUCUAUAAUCUGUAAAAUAAAAACAGAAACUAACCUCAAAAUUAAGUGACAGUUGAUGUAUACAAACAAAAUAAGCUAAAUCGACUCGUUCAUUGAAAUAAUUAUAUUAGAAUUAAAUAAAAAUGCUUCCUCUAUCUCUACUUCGGACAGCACAGAAUCAUCCAAUGCUCGUCGAGUUAAAAAACGGCGAAACAUACAACGGGCAUUUAGUAAGCUGUGAUAAUUGGAUGAACAUAAAUUUACGAGAAGUAAUAUGUACGUCCAGAGAUGGUGACAAGUUCUGGAGGAUGCCGGAAUGUUACAUACGUGGUAGUACGAUCAAAUAUCUUAGAAUACCAGAUGAAGUUAUCGACAUGGUGAAAGAAGAGACUCAAGUAAAGGCAAGAGGUAGAGGAGAGGUCAAUAAAGGCAGAGGUCAGAAUAUGAGGUCGGGAAGAGGCGGAAGUCGAGGAGCAUUCGGAAACAGAGGCCGUCCCGCGCCUUUGGCUCGUGGAGGCGGGAAUGCUGGUCGACCACAGAAUAAAAAUAAAAAAUAAUGUUUUUAGGCUUUUUUUUUUUCGUUUAAAUUAAAUUAAGUAUUACUAAGGA